GUUGAUCUGAAUCUUGGUCUCCCAGACGACCGACCAUGCGCUUAAUAUUCGUCGCGGUUCUCGCCGCUCUGCUGUCCCUCGCGGCGACCCAAUCCCCACCAAUCGCCACCGCUACCGCAGUGGGUGCACCGGCAGCAAAGGCUCAGCCAUGUUGUGAAAGUGUUCGACAAACUCUCAUUGAAAUACGAAAGGAUAUCCGACUGUGGCUGCUCGAUCGACUGUUCGGCAAGUUGAUUCUUCUUCACGACGGAGAACUUUUGGGCAACCCAAACUAUGUGAAUUGUGCAAACGGAAAAAACCAAAUCACCAACCAAGACAAAAGCUCCCAAAUUAUCCAACAAUUGGGAACAAGCUCAAGUCAAACAAGUGAAACGACCAGCACAACAUCCAACGAUGAAAAAGAUCUGUUGGGAUCACUGAAGGAUCUCUACAGCGGGGUGUCCGGAAACUCCGGUCACUCUUCUUCAUCUUCAACAACGACAACAACCACCACAACUUCCGAUGAUGGAACAGUAGUGUCCGUGCCUGCAGUCGAAGCCAGCGAGUCCAGCAGCACCGUUGAGGGUGUAGACUCCAAUCAGUCUUCUUCCUCUUCAACAACGACAACCACCACAACCUCCAACGAUGGAACCGUAGUGUCUGAGCCUGCUGUCGAAGCCAGCGAGUCCAGCAGCACCGUUGAGGGUGGAGACUCCAAUCAGUCCUCUUCCUCUUCAACAACAACAACCACCACAACCUCCGACGAUGGAACCGUAGUGUCUGAGCCUGCUGUCGAAGCCAGCGAGUCCAGCAGCACCGUUGAGGGUGGAGACUCGAAUCAGUCCUCUUCCUCUUCAACAACAACAACAACCACCACAACUUCCGAUGAAGGAACCGUAGCUGCCGAUCCCAUUGUCGAAGCCGUUGAGUCCAGCAGCACUGUUGAGGGUGGAGACUCGAAUCAGUCCUCUUCCUCUUCAACAACAACAACAACAACCACCACAACUUCCGAUGAUGGAACCGUAGUGUCCGUGCCUGCUGUCGAAGCCAGCGAGUCCAGCAGCACCGUUGAGGGUGGAGACUCGAAUCAGACCUCUUCCUCUUCAACAACAACAACAACCACCACAACUUCCGAUGAAGGAACCGUAGCUGCCGAUCCCAUUGUCGAAGCCGCUGAGUCCAGCAGCACCGUUGAGGGUGGAGACUCGAAUCAGACCUCUUCCUCUUCAACAACAACAACAACCACCACAACUUCCGAUGAAGGAACCGUAGCUUCCGAUCCUAUUGUCGAAGCCAGCGAGUCCAGCAGCACCGUUGAGGGUGGAGACUCCAAUCAGUCGUCUUCCUCUUCAACAUCGACAACCACCACAACCUCCAACGAUGGAACCGUAGUGUCUGAGCCUGCUGUCGAAGCCAGCGAGUCCAGCAGCACCGUUGAGGGUGGAGACUCCAAUCAGUCCUCUUCCUCUUCAACAACGACAACCACCACAACCUCCAACGAUGGAACCGUAGUGUCUGAGCCUGCUGUCGAAGCCAGCGAGUCCAGCAGCACCGUUGAGGGUGGAGACUCGAAUCAGUCCUCUUCCUCUUCAACAACAACAACAACCACCACAACUUCCGAUGAAGGAACCGUAGCUGCCGAUCCCAUUGUCGAAGCCGUUGAGUCCAGCAGCACUGUUGAGGGUGGAGACUCGAAUCAGUCCUCUUCCUCUUCAACAACAACAACAACAACCACCACAACUUCCGAUGAUGGAACCGUAGUGUCCGUGCCUGCUGUCGAAGCCAGCGAGUCCAGCAGCACCGUUGAGGGUGGAGACUCGAAUCAGACCUCUUCCUCUUCAACAACAACAACAACCACCACAACUUCCGAUGAAGGAACCGUAGCUGCCGAUCCCAUUGUCGAAGCCGCUGAGUCCGUCAGCACUGUUGAGGGUGGAGACUCGAAUCAGUCCUCUUCCUCUUCAACAACGACAACAACCACAACCUCCAACGAUGGAACCGUAGUGUCUGAGCCUGCUGUCGAAGCCAGCGAGUCCAGCAGCACCGUUGAGGGUGGAGACUCCAAUCAGUCGUCUUCCUCUUCAACAACGACAACCACCACAACCUCCAACGAUGGAACCGUAGUGUCUGAGCCUGCUGUCGAAGCCAGCGAGUCCAGCAGCACCGUUGAGGGUGGAGACUCGAAUCAGUCCUCUUCCUCUUCAACAACAACAACAACCACCACAACUUCCGAUGAAGGAACCGUAGCUGCCGAUCCCAUUGUCGAAGCCGCUGAGUCCAGCAGCACUGUUGAGGGUGGAGACUCGAAUCAGUCCUCUUCCUCUUCAACAACAACAACAACAACCACCACAACUUCCGAUGAUGGAACCGUAGUGUCCGUGCCUGCUGUCGAAGCCAGCGAGUCCAGCAGCACUGUUGAGGGUGGAGACUCGAAUCAGUCCUCUUCCUCUUCAACAACGACAACAACCACAACCUCCAACGAUGGAACCGUAGUGUCUGAGCCUGCUGUCGAAGCCAGCGAGUCCAGCAGCACCGUUGAGGGUGGAGACUCCAAUCAGUCGUCUUCCUCUUCAACAACGACAACCACCACAACCUCCAACGAUGGAACCGUAGUGUCUGAGCCUGCUGUCGAAGCCAGCGAGUCCAGCAGCACCGUUGAGGGUGGAGACUCCAAUCAGUCCUCUUCCUCUUCAACAACGACAACCACCACAACCUCCAACGAUGGAACCGUAGUGUCUGAGCCUGCUGUCGAAGCCAGCGAGUCCAGCAGCACCGUUGAGGGUGGAGACUCGAAUCAGUCCUCUUCCUCUUCAACAACAACAACAACCACCACAACUUCCGAUGAAGGAACCGUAGCUGCCGAUCCCAUUGUCGAAGCCGUUGAGUCCAGCAGCACUGUUGAGGGUGGAGACUCGAAUCAGUCCUCUUCCUCUUCAACAACAACAACAACAACCACCACAACUUCCGAUGAUGGAACCGUAGUGUCCGUGCCUGCUGUCGAAGCCAGCGAGUCCAGCAGCACCGUUGAGGGUGGAGACUCGAAUCAGACCUCUUCCUCUUCAACAACAACAACCACCACAACUUCCGAUGAAGGAACCGUAGCUGCCGAUCUCAUUGUCGAAGCCGCUGAGUCCGUCAGCACUGUUGAGGGUGGAGACUCGAAUCAGUCCUCUUCCUCUUCAACAACGACAACAACCACAACCUCCAACGAUGGAACCGUAGUGUCUGAGCCUGCUGUCGAAGCCAGCGAGUCCAGCAGCACCGUUGAGGGUGGAGACUCCAAUCAGUCGUCUUCCUCUUCAACAACGACAACCACCACAACCUCCAACGAUGGAACCGUAGUGUCUGAGCCUGCUGUCGAAGCCAGCGAGUCCAGCAGCACCGUUGAGGGUGGAGACUCGAAUCAGUCCUCUUCCUCUUCAACAACAACAACAACCACCACAACUUCCGAUGAAGGAACCGUAGCUGCCGAUCCCAUUGUCGAAGCCGCUGAGUCCAGCAGCACUGUUGAGGGUGGAGACUCGAAUCAGUCCUUUUCCUCUUCAACAACAACAACAACAACCACCACAACUUCCGAUGAUGGAACCGUAGUGUCCGUGCCUGCUGUCGAAGCCAGCGAGUCCAGCAGCACUGUUGAGGGUGGAGACUCGAAUCAGUCCUCUUCCUCUUCAACAACGACAACAACCACAACCUCCAACGAUGGAACCGUAGUGUCUGAGCCUGCUGUCGAAGCCAGCGAGUCCAGCAGCACCGUUGAGGGUGGAGACUCCAAUCAGUCGUCUUCCUCUUCAACAACGACAACCACCACAACCUCCAACGAUGGAACCGUAGUGUCUGAGCCUGCUGUCGAAGCCAGCGAGUCCAGCAGCACCGUUGAGGGUGGAGACUCGAAUCAGUCCUCUUCCUCUUCAACAACAACAACAACCACCACAACUUCCGAUGAAGGAACCGUAGCUGCCGAUCCCAUUGUCGAAGCCGCUGAGUCCAGCAGCACUGUUGAGGGUGGAGACUCGAAUCAGUCCUCUUCCUCUUCAACAACAACAACAACAACCACCACAACUUCCGAUGAUGGAACCGUAGUGUCCGUGCCUGCUGUCGAAGCCAGCGAGUCCAGCAGCACCGUUGAGGGUGGAGACUCGAAUCAGACCUCUUCCUCUUCAAAAACAACCACCACAACCUCCGACGAUGGAACCGUAGUGUCCGUGCCUGCUGUCGAAGCCAGCGAGUCCAGCAGCACCGUUGAGGGUGGAGACUCCAAUCAGUCGUCUUCCUCUUCCUCUUCAACAACGACAACCACCACAACCUCCGACGAUGGAACCGUAGUGUCCGUGCCUGCUGUCGAAGCCAGCGAGUCCAGCAGCACCGUUGAGGGUGGAGACUCCAAUCAGUCGUCUUCCUCUUCCUCUUCAACAACAACAACAACCCCCACAACCUCCAACGAUGGAACCGUAGUGUCCGUGCCUGCUGUCGAAGCCAGCGAGUCCAGCAGCACUGUUGAGGGUGGAGACUCGAAUCAGUCCUCUUCCUCUUCAACAACAUCAACAACCACCACAACUUCCGAUGAAGGAACCGUAGCUGCCGAUCCCAUUGUCGAAGCCGCUGAGUCCGUCAGCACUGUUGAGGGUGGAGACUCGAAUCAGUCCUCUUCCUCUUCAACAACGACAACCACCACAACCUCCAACGAUGGAACCGUAGUGUCUGAGCCUGCUGUCGAAGCCAGCGAGUCCAGCAGCACCGUUGAGGGUGGAGACUCGAAUCAGUCCUCUUCCUCUUCAACAACAUCAACAACCACCACAACUUCCGAUGAAGGAACCGUAGCUGCCGAUCCCAUUGUCGAAGCCGCUGAGUCCGUCAGCACUGUUGAGGGUGGAGACUCGAAUCAGUCCUCUUCCUCUUCAACAACGACAACAACCACAACCUCCAACGAUGGAACCGUAGUGUCUGAGCCUGCUGUCGAAGCCAGCGAGUCCAGCAGCACCGUUGAGGGUGGAGACUCCAAUCAGUCGUCUUCCUCUUCAACAACGACGACGUUGAGGGUGGAGACUCCAAUCAGUCGUCUUCCCUCUUCAACAACAACAACCACCACAACCUCCAACGAUGGAACCGUAGUGUCUCAGCCUGCUGUCGAAGCCAGCGAGUCCAGCAGCACCGUUGAGGGUGGAGACUCGAAUCAGUCCUCUUCCUCUUCAACAACAUCAACAACCACCACAACUUCCGAUGGAAGUGUCAGACCUGGAACCGUAGCUGCCGAUCCCAUUGUCGAAGCCGCUGAGUCCGUCAGCACUGUUGAGGGUGGAGACUCGAAUCAGUCCUCUUCCUCUUCAACAACGACAACAACCACAACCUCCAACGAUGGAACCGUAGUGUCUGAGCCUGCUGUCGAAGCCAGCGAGUCCAGCAGCACCGUUGAGGGUGGAGACUCCAAUCAGUCGUCUUCCUCUUCAACAACGACAACCACCACAACCUCCCACGAUGGAACCGUAGUGUCUGAGCCUGCUGUCGAAGCCAGCGAGUCCAGCAGCACCGUUGAGGGUGGAGACUCGAAUCAGUCCUCUUCCUCUUCAACAACAUCAACAACCACCACAACUUCCGAUGAAGGAACCGUAGCUGCCGAUCCCAUUGUCGAAGCCGCUGAGUCCGUCAGCACUGUUGAGGGUGGAGACUCGAAUCAGUCCUCUUCCUCUUCAACAACGACAACAACCACAACCUCCAACGAUGGAACCGUAGUGUCUGAGCCUGCUGUCGAAGCCGCUGAGUCCAGCAGCACCGUUGAGGGUGGAGACUCCAAUCAGUCGUCUUCCUCUUCAACAACGACAACAACCACCACUUCGAACGAUGGACAGGAUAAGUCAAGCUCCUCGUCUGACCCUGUUGUCAAUGGUAACACAAGCAACAGCGGUGGUAGCUCAAGUAGCUCUUCCACCACGACAACAGUCACGACAUCUUCCGAUGGAAAUACUCAGACAAGCUCCUCAUCGAAGCCUGUUGUCAAAGUCAUCAAAUCAAGCACCACUAAGGGUAACGGAGGCUCGAAAAAGUCUUCGACAACUAAAACAACCGUCACAACAAUAACAAUCAAUGGCAAGCCUGUUGUAGAUGCCAUUGAGGGCAGCACUGCUGUUAAUGGUGGAAAAUCCAGCUCAUCGUCUAGCAAAACAACAAAAACAUACACUUCAAACUACUCGAAGAUCCCUAAAAAGAACCGAAAGUCAAGCUCAACCACCAGCAAAACUACAAAGACUUAUUCCUCAGGUUCCGCAAGUGUUCCCGAGAUACUCGAAGAGUCUGCAUCUAGCGGAAGUCCAUCCGCAUCAUCGUCGGCUGCUCCAAAGUCCACUGGAAAGACAAGCAAAACCACUACUACCUAUACAACGAACUCCUUGAAGGUACCCAAGCCCCAAAGAUCCUACUCCUGGUCAACUUCAUCCAAGAAAAUAUUGAAUGGUGGUCAGGCUUAUGAGCUUCCAAUUUCUGGCUCAAUGACCGGCAGGUCCGGUUCAGGUGCUAGAGACUCUUGGUCCAAGCGCUCCACGACUCAGAUCACUCAGAACCAACCAACGAUCGAUGAUGCUUCGUCUUCUAUAGAUGGCGGAUCCAACCCAUGGUCUAAACUCGUCAAAAAGGUGACGCCAGGCUCACUGCAGGAAGAUGAAACCUAUGGCAGGGGCAUUGGAUCUCGCGGCUCAAAUGCUUGGUCUCAGCGUUCAGGUUUCUCAGGUGAUAGCUCUGAUUUAGCAGGCGCCGCCAACUACCGUUCCAGGUAUGGCAGAGGCCGCAGCGGUCUCAAUGGAGCUCAAGGCUCUCUAACAUGGACUGAAACCUCAUCAGACGCCAAUGAGAAUGGCACCGAAAACGCGGAUGAUGCUGUGGCAUCUGAAGACAACUCCGAAGACGCGACAAAUGUGCAGGAGUCGGGUUCCGGCGAUAAAACCACAGAUCAAGCUGGCGCACAGCAGGCCACCGGACAGUAUCCCGGACAAUAUUGGUGGGGCAACAGGCGUUGGGUUGGAGCACGUCCUAACUGGAGGUACGGCUGGCGUCCAUAUGGAAGCGGUUGGGGUGGAUGGAAUAAUCGUUAUCAAAAGUCGUGGACCGCAUAAAGGGAGCUUUCCCUUAGGCACCGCACGGCUACAGACUUUCAAUUAAAUGAUUGAUUUUAACGAUUGUCAAAUAUAUAUGCAUUUGAAUAUUAA